UGAACAAAGAGGCAAGUGAGAUAUUUUAGUUGCCUAUAAUUAGUCAUUGCAUUAAGAAAAUCUAUACUUAGAAGAGAGGUUGCAUAAGCUUUUUCAUACAUGUGAAUGUUUCUCUUCACUGUCUGUCUUGGCCAGCUUUUAGAUUACUGUAAUUCCUUGAAUGAGAGCCCAUUCUCUAAUAAAGCUAUUCCCCUGGGUAGGCACCCACCCCUUGGGCCAUGAAAUCAAACAAGUGCCCCUCUUGAACAAGCCCUCCCCUCCUACCUUACUUUCUCAGAUAGUGGAGAUACAAGGAAAACCUGUUUCUAUUGCCACUGUAGAAGAAUCAAUACAGGUUAUGUGCUGAUGAUGAGGAAAUACAAUACAUGCUAAGAUUGCUCAAAGCCCAUCAUUUUUGUGUCUGUAGUGGCCAAGCAUGUAUUCUUCAUUCAAUCAACCAGUUAUUUAUUUUAAUAAUAUGUGCAAGAGCUGCAAGCUUAUUCAGAUACAAACUUAUAAUAAAAUAAAUUACUUGUCUGAGAAAUAUAAUAGCCUAAAGUAAUGGAACAGCAUUGGCAGUGUUUUAUUGAUUUAUAGAUGGUGAGUUAUAAGUGAUAAUACAUCAUUAUUGAUUAAUUUACAAAUGGAUUAAGCAUCUACGAAUGAUUAAAUUUUUCUUCUCAGUAAUUAAGACAGCUUGUGAAGUGUUGAUGGCAGCAGGGCUCUUUGGAUUCACUGGUAUGACGAUAUCUAUUCCAGUGUAUUCUUAUAUUUCUUUACCUACCUUUUUCUCAGCCACCAUUUUUAGGACUGCUUUAUUAUAAUUGAUAUUGUCCAGAGCAAUGAUUUACUAACAGAAGAAAUCGUUAAUGUUGUAACAAGAGGAGUAGAGAUCAUGACACAAAAAAAAAAAAUCUGUCCCUUUUUUUAAUCCAAGUUCAUCAUGAAUUUUUCCUUCCAAACUAGAUAUUUGACCAUCAGCAAGAACCUAUUACAUGCUCUGUUAUUGUAGGAACUAAGUUCUCCAUUGAUUUUUUCUUAACCCUUUACACCCUAAGAUCAGUAUGCAUAUUCUCCUUACUACUCUCUAGACAUUUCAUAGGGUUCUGACAAGGAGAAUUUUCUUCAACAAUCAAGAGUUUCUUUAGUUGGUGAUCAUUUCCUUUAUUCUCAUGACCUCAAUGUUUGAUUGAAGGGUGAUUUUGUAAGAAGAAAUAAGAUGUUAGUGACUCUUUGGGAUUGAAGGGUUCAAGCAUUAACAAUGAACUUACAUCAAAUGAUGUAUUUUGCUCUGUUGCUUUAGGUGGAGUAACCAACUGGGUCGGAAUUAAACUGAUAUUCAACAGGAUUCCAGGAUUGUUUUUUAGGCAUGUGACCCUUGCUGUUGCCUUCUGAGGGGGGAAGUUCAUCUUUACCCUUUGUUCUGUAGCAUUCUUGUUGCUUAUUAGGCUGCAAUCAAUUGUUAAAAUAUAAGAUUUUUCCUGGAACUCAGAACUUAAUUGUUACUUCCCAAAUUGGUUUUGAUAUGUAAGCUCUGGAUUCUUAAAAAAAAAAGGAAACUACUCACUCUAAGGGGGUCAGUGACUUUGAAGAGGUUAUUCCAAUGUUUCAUAGCCAAGCAACAUUUAUACUUUCAUUUGACUUGUAUGCAGUUUUACAUUAAGUUAAUGAACUCAGCCUAUUAUUAGUAAGUUACAGUUGUUAUAAUUCUCAUUUGAAGUCUUCUUGUUUUUUCCACAGUGGAGCCAUCAUUAAGAAUUUUGUAACUGCCAGGAAACUGAUAGCCAAUUUUAUUCUUGAGGCAUUUUUCAGUCCUUCACAAGUUAGAAAUUACAUUAAUGACAAAAAGAGAACAUAUCUGACAGCAGAACAGAUAGGUAAAUGAUGAUACAUUUUAUGACAGUUUAGAUAUAUCUUUGCCUUUUUAAGUUGUUCUUUUUCUUGGUUACUAUGGAGAUUUCCACUUUUUUUAGAACUUAGCAAAAUUAGUGAAACAAUGCAACAGUAACAAUAUUGGAGUUUCUUCUCUGCUUAGGAAUAGUACUGUGAACCAAAAGUAGUUAAUUUUGAUGCUUUUAGUGCAAGUCUAGCUAAGUCAUGCCUUGGAAAGUUUAGCUGCUAAAUUUUUCUUGAAUCUUAUUUUAUAUAUGUUUAUGCUUUUUUCAAACAGACUAUCAGCUUGAGAAACUUCUCAAUUCCAGAAUUGCAGAAGAUGUGAUUCAUGAACAGUUGGAGGUUUUGAUGGGAACACCAGAAGGUAAGUUGAUUGGUCCAUUCAGCAGGUACAUUUACUGCUUCAUUUGGCAGCAUAUGGAUUUGUUGGUUAGUGGAUUGAAUUCUGACUGCUUUGGGUGACAAUAAUCCCAUCUGGUUAGGAAUAAAUUAGUUGGCUAUUUUCAUUUAAGGAGUUGAAGGUAAGGCAAACAAGCACAACCUCAGGGUGCAGCUGAUGGAAGGGUGUGGAUCUGGGAUUGUAUUGUUAUUGGAUUAACAGUGUCCAAUAUCAUAAAUUUUAUCAAGCACCAUGCACUAUGUCUGAUGAAUUCAUGUUUUGUUCAAUAGCCUGUACAUUAGUUAAUUUUUUAAAAUUCUUUUCCUUGCCCUUUGAUUCAUUUAUCAAUCCAUCCGUCCAUCUAUACCUACAUUCCUACAUACAUACUGUUCAUUUAGUAGUUCAAUUUGUUGUUUGUUUAUUUUUACUUUUACUUCUUAGUUCAUUCAUGUAGUCAUUCAGUCUGCCAGUCAUACAUGAACUUAGUCAUUAAUUUGCUUUUUUAUGCAUUAUCAAUGCCCACACCUUCCCAUGCAAGGGCAUAAUUGUGUCUAACACAUGCCCAAAUCAUAAAAUUCCGAAAGGGCAAAUUGCAAUGAUUAAAUAUCACAGGUAACCCCCAAGUGCUCAUUGUUUGGUUACAGACCAGUAUAAUAGCCCCUUCCUCUGUAAAGUGAAGGUUAAUGACUUUGUGGCAUGUUGUCUGAUUUUUAAUUGUAGGUCUCAAACUUCGUAUGCUUGGUGUCACCAAAGCCAAACUGGCACCCCUUGUAAAACCUCAGUUGAUGAAGUAUAAAACACACAUCGUGCCAUUGGUAAGGAAAAAGGGCAAUACACCUAUUGUCCUUCAUUAUUUAAUUCUUCAUUUGCAUCUUAACCCUUUACGCCCAAACAUCAGUAUGCAUAUUCUCCAUACUGUUCGCUUUACAUUUCCUAAGGUGCUGAUGAGGAGAAUUUGUUUAGUGGAGAGUAUCUUUGGUGAUCAUGUCCUUCAUUCUCAUGACCGAGAUGUUCGAUUCAGGGCUGAUAUUGUAAGGAGAAAUUAGAUGCUAGUCACUCUAAGGAGUCAAAGGGUCGAAGAAAGCCGUCAACAGGAAUUGAACCUGUACGUGCAUCAUAUGAAAUUCACCAUCAUGCGAACUGUGAAUAGAAAUUAUGUUGAAUGGCUGAUGUUCAUGUUUUGUUUUGUUUGUUUUUGUAAUGUUUUGUAGUUACUCUCAUCAAUUGAAUCAUUUGAUCUGUUAAAUGCGGAUCACCUCAGAGAACAGGUAUGCAUUCUUUUAGAUAAUGCGUAAUAGAAGAUACCCAUUUGUGCUAUUUAACUUUUUAAAAGUAUUUGACACUAUUCCAUGGGGCCUUGGCACUAGGCUCGGUGCAAUGCAAGGUGUGCUGGUUCCGUCACUCAUUUCUGUUCCACUGCACUCUCAUACCGUGCAUGUCCAGACAGUCAGAGUAUGGCUUACUCCCUUCAAGUAGUGCGACAUUUUUGUCUUUGUUCUUUUUUUUCCUUCUAAAGAUUGUGGAUUUGAUUUCAACAAGGACGCAAGAACUGUCCGCACAACAAGUCAAGCUGGUAAGUGACAUCCUUGAGUGAUCAACUGUUAUAUUCUCUUUCUAAUGUUUAGCAAUAGCGUUAUCUGGCCUCGGCUUUGAAGAAUAAAGUAAUGAGGAAAAAAAAAAUUUAAGGUUAUGUGAAAAAAAAUCAUAGUUAAUAAUAUUUUUUCAGGCGAGAAACUGAAAGGCCUGGUUAUUUACAUGACCAAACCGCGCUUUUAAGCAAGCGGAAAGUGUCAGGGAUUCUCUAUAAGAGGGUUGGUUUAUUUAAAUAAAUGCCUUUCCACUAUUAGCUUUCGGCCCUCUUGACACUGUUCACAAACUUAAACUUUCAGAUAAUAGGUUCGGCUUAAUUGCAGAUGGAUUACAACACGGUUUUGAUAAACAACGGCUAAACUUUGUUUAAAUACCCAGCCUGAAAGGUUUCUUAAGGGAGAAGAAAAUUAUAACGUGCACAAUAGUUAUCUUCACAAAAAAGAGCAAGUGCUCUUUCUGGUAAAUCCUUGAAAGUUGUUGCUGAGUAUCUGAGCAGAUGAAACGAUCUAAGCUGUGGAGCGAUGCGUAAUGAGAGAAUUUGACGAGAGGCAAUUGAUCACUUGAAAUCGUAAUCGUUUAAACAAGGAGAUAAACCCCAGCGAGCGUAAAUGCUCAUUAUUUUGCAACGAGUACGACUUGUUCAACUAUCGUUAACAAGUUGGGUGAUGGUGAAUUGUUCUUUAACUUAAGAAUUCACCUGAUGUUAACGUGACUCUCCUUAUCUGUGCACGUGUAGCUGGUCGAAGACGCGGUCUACCGACAUUUAAGUUGGAUAGUUUUCUGGGGGAGUGUGUUGGGAGCUGUGGUUGGCUGUGCAGCCGAGCUCGCCUCCGUUUACAUCAACGGCAUGUGACUCGUCAGAUGGCUUGGAAACAAUGUGUGGGGUCUGGGCUGAUUCAUUACAUGGUCAACUUUUAAAUGAAAGCCGACUGAUCGUACGGAACAAUUAACCUUCUGAGCCAUAGAGUUUGUCAGGGAGCGAUUUGGCCAGCUUCGCAGGUUGCUAAGAGUGCUCCCGUAGAAUGUACACAUGUACGUACCACAGAUUUCCGCAGAUAUGAAAAACGUUGUCCGGAACGGCUCACUCUAAGUAAAUACACGGUGGAUCUUAAGAAGCUUCAUUUAGGCUCAUGAUGACAAAGUGUAAGCAUUUGUAUGGAAUUGCAGAUAAAUUUUACAAACGUAAUGUUGUAAAGGAAUUGGAGUUUCACAAGGAACAAUGAACGAAGAAAAUGAAAAAAUUGAAAGGUUAAGGAGAGUUAAGGCUUAUAAAUCACUUUCAACAAUGGUCUUCUUUGAAACGAGUGUUUAAAAGCGAGAUGAAAUUCAAAGCAGGGGCGAUCGGCGAUCGGCGUAAGACGAACCGUGAUCAUGACAAGAUAAGAGCAAAAUAAAGGUAAUGAAAACUG